UCACCCGUCCAGUCCUCGGGUUCAAACCGCGAGACCUCGCCCUGGCAAGCAGCAUGAGUGCCGCUCCGCUGCUCUGGGGCUUGUUGGCUUUCCUCACGCCGGGCGCCUGCGGUCAAUGUCACUCCCCACCACGGUUACAUUUUGCAGUACCAAAACAUAACUCCAAGUCUGUGUUUGACAUUGGAUAUUCUUUGACUUAUGAAUGCCGUCCUGGAUACGUGACAAAAAGAUUUCACAUCAUCUGCCUUGCGAACUCAACAUGGUCAAGUGUAAAUGAUGACGUGUGUAAACGCAGAUCAUGUGGGACUCCUGCAGAUCUCCUCAAUGGACAGAUGGAAAUAACAGGCCUCGAGUUUGGUUCAACAAUUAAAUAUUCUUGCAGUGAUGGGUACCGACUUGUUGGCCACUCAGUCAACCAGUGCAUCCUCUCAGGAAAUACUGUCAUUUGGGACAAGAAGGCACCUCUGUGUGAACCUAUUCGUUGUGGGCUACCUCCAGCCAUUCCCAAUGGAAGAUAUAAAACCACUAUGGAAUAUUUUUCCUAUGGCAUGGUGGUAUCCUAUGAAUGUAACACUGGGCCAAGAGGGGAAAAGCUAUAUGACCUGGUGGGUAAUAAAACAUUAUACUGCACUAGCAACAACAAUAAAGAUGGCAUCUGGAAUAGUCCUCCACCUCGAUGUAUUACUGCAGCCAUGUGCAAGACCCCAGUAAUUGCCAAUGGAAGAAGGGUGUCAGGCUUCAGACGUGUCUACUCAUUAAAUGAUGCUGUGGAGUUGGAGUGUAACCCUGGCUUUACCAUGAAGGGAAGCAAAAUAGUUCGCUGCCAGAUUAACAGCCAGUGGGAGCCUGCAUUGCCGCUGUGCUUCAGGGGGUGUCUUCCACCUGCGGAGAUCUCCCAUGGUAAAAGCAACAGGACAAAGGACCAUUUUUCCUUUGGAGAGGCUGUGUCUUAUGUUUGUGAACCUGGCUACUCUCUCAUUGGAACUGCUUCCAUUAAGUGUAUAGCGCCUGGGAAAUGGAACUAUGCAACUCCCAAGUGUGAAGUGAAAUCAUGUGGGGUCUUCUUGGAUCAACUUCCUAAUGGCCGUGUUAUAUCUCCCCAUCAACCUCGGCUUGGGACAAAGGUUUCCUUUGUUUGUAAUGAGGGGUUCUGGUUAAAUGGCAGCUCUUCUAGUACAUGUGUCGCAGGUGCAGCAACAGUCUUUUGGAGUAAUAAGAUGCCUGUCUGUCAACAGAUUAUUUGUGGUCCUCCUCCUCCUAUCAUCAAUGGUAGACUUCCAUUCCUUUCUCAGAAUAAAUUUCCACAUGGGAUUGCAAUGAGUUAUACCUGUUCCAAGAUGUUCCGUAUGAUUGGAGCCAAAACUACUCGUUGUACGAGUGGAAAUCAAGCGAAUGGAGUCUGGAGUGUACCUGCCCCUCGGUGUGAGGCUUAUAAUAAAGCUGCUCUUUGUUCUGAGCCAAAAGUCCUAGGGAGACAUCUAAAGUUGAAGUCCCGACCUCCAUUUCGACAUGGUGACAUCUUGAGAUUUGCCUGUGAUACCAACUUUACCAUAAAAGGUUCUGACAUUCUAUGGUGCCAAGCAGAUAGUACAUGGGGACCAUCACCACUGCCAAUGUGUGAGAGUGAUUGUCCAUCACCUUCCAUGAUCCCUAAUGGGCAGCAUAAAGAAAGCUACAGUGGCCCAGUUGCUCCUGGGCUGUCUGUGACUUAUAGCUGUGAACCUGGCUACUUGCUUAUUGGAGAAAAGACCAUUCACUGUUUGUCUUCAGGAGUCUGGAAUGCCACUGCUCCCAAGUGUAAAGAGGCACUGUGUGAUCCUUUAAUAAAAUUCCCCAAUGGGCAGGUAGAGGAGCCUUCACAUCUUCGGAUUGGGGCAGUCAUGACCUUUUCCUGUAAUAAGGGGUACCAUUUACAGGGCCAAGCUUCCAGUAAGUGUGUGCUUUCUACAGAGGGUGCUGUCUGGACUAAAAUUCCAACCUGCGUAGAAGUGGUUUGCCCUCCUCCUCCUGUGAUUGAAAAUGGAAAAUAUACAGGUAGUUCUGCAGAUGCUGUUCCAUACGGAACCAAAGUAACUUAUGAAUGCAACGCUGACUCAGAAAGAGGAGUGAAAUUCAACCUCAUUGGAGAAAGCACCAUCCACUGUAAAAGUGACCAAGAAGGCAAGGGGAUUUGGAGUGCAGCUGCCCCUCGGUGUGAGCUUUCUGCCUCCUCUAUUCAGUGCCUCCAUCCCAGAGUACCAAAUGGCUACAACAUAUUUGGACAGGGACCCCCAUAUUUCUAUAAUGACAUUGUGGUAUUUCGUUGUGACAUUGGCUUCACCCUGAAGGGCAGCAGGCAGAUCCGCUGUAGUGCCAAUGCAACCUGGGAUCCUGAAGCACCAAUCUGUGAAAAGGCGUGCCAGCCCCUUCCUGAGAUCCCCCAUGGGCAGCACACAGGCAGCACUGUGGGACUUUUGGAACCUGGGACAUCUAUAACCUACAGUUGUGAUCUCGGCUAUUCACUAGUAGGAGAAGAGACCAUUCACUGUACUGCUGAAGGAGUCUGGAAGCCUCUUGUACCUCACUGUAAAGCAAUCCUGUGCCCUCCUCCUCCUGUGAUUGAAAAUGGGAAAUAUACAGGUAGUUCUGCAGAAGAUGUUCCAUACGGAACCAAAGUAACUUAUGAAUGCAACGCUGACCCAGAAAGAGGAGUGAAAUUCAACCUCAUUGGAGAGAGCACCAUCCACUGUAAAAGUGACCAAGAAAGCAAGGGGAUUUGGAGUGCAGCUGCCCCUCGGUGUGAGCUUUCUGCCUCCUCUAUUCAGUGCCUCCAUCCCAGAGUUCCAAAUGGCUACAAGAUAUCUGGACAGGGACCCCCAUAUUUUUAUAAUGACACUGUGGUAUUUCGUUGUGACAUUGGCUUCACCCUGAAGGGCAGCAGGCAGAUCCGCUGUAGUGCCAAUGCAACCUGGGAUCCUGAAGCACCAAUCUGUGAAAAGGCAUGCCAGCCCCUUCCUGAGAUCCCCCACGGGCAGCACACAGGCAGCACUGUGGGAACUUUGGAACCUGGGACAUCUGUAACCUACAGUUGUGACCUCGGCUAUUCACUAAUAGGAGAAGAGACCAUUCGCUGUACUGCUGAAGGAGUCUGGAAGCCUCUUGUACCUCACUGUAAAGCAAUCCUGUGCCCUCCUCCUCCUGUGAUUGAAAAUGGGAAAUAUACAGGUAGUUCUGCAGAAGAUGUUCCAUACGGAACCAAAGUAACUUAUGAAUGCAACGCUGACCCAGAAAGAGGAGUGAAAUUCAACCUCAUUGGAGAAAGCACCAUCCACUGUAAAAGUGACCAAGAAGGCAAGGGGAUUUGGAGUGCAGCUGCCCCUCAGUGUGAGCUUUCUGCCUCCUCUAUUCAGUGCCUCCAUCCCAGAGUUCCAAAUGGCUACAAGAUAUCUGGACAGGGACCCCCAUAUUUUUAUAAUGACACUGUGGUAUUUCGUUGUGACAUUGGCUUCACCCUGAAGGGCAGCAGGCAGAUCCGCUGUAGUGCCAAUGCAACCUGGGAUCCUGAAGCACCAAUCUGUGAAAAGGCGUGCCAGCCCCUUCCUGAGAUCCCCCACGGGCAGCACACAGGCAGCACUGUGGGACUUUUGGAACCUGGGACAUCUAUAACCUACAGUUGUGAUCUCGGCUAUUCACUAGUAGGAGAAGAGACCAUUCACUGUACUGCUGAAGGAGUCUGGAAGCCUCUUGUACCUCACUGUAAAGCAAUCCUGUGCCCUCCUCCUCCUGUGAUUGAAAAUGGGAAAUAUACAGGUAGUUCUGCAGAAGAUGUUCCACACGGAACCAAAGUAACUUAUGAAUGCAACGCUGACCCAGAAAGAGGAGUGAAAUUCAACCUCAUUGGAGAAAGCACCAUCCACUGUAAAAGUGACCAAGAAGGCAAGGGGAUUUGGAGUGCAGCUGCCCCUCGGUGUGAGCUUUCUGCCUCCUCUAUUCAGUGCCUCCAUCCCAGAGUUCCAAAUGGCUACAAGAUAUCUGGACAGGGACCCCCAUAUUUUUAUAAUGACACUGUGGUAUUUCGUUGUGACAUUGGCUUCACCCUGAAGGGCAGCAGGCAGAUCCGCUGUAACGCCAAUGCAACCUGGGAUCCUGAAGCACCAAUCUGUGAAAAGGCGUGCCAGCCCCUUCCUGAGAUCCCCCACGGGCAGCACACAGGCAGCACUGUGGGACUUUUGGAACCUGGGACAUCUAUAACCUACAGUUGUGAUCUCGGCUAUUCACUAGUAGGAGAAGAGACCAUUCACUGUACUGCUGAAGGAGUCUGGAAGCCUCUUGUACCUCACUGUAAAGCAAUCCUGUGCCCUCCUCCUCCUGUGAUUGAAAAUGGGAAAUAUACAGGUAGUUCUGCAGAAGAUGUUCCAUACGGAACCAAAGUAACUUAUGAAUGCAACGCUGACCCAGAAAGAGGAGUGAAAUUCAACCUCAUUGGAGAAAGCACCAUCCACUGUAAAAGUGACCAAGAAGGCAAGGGGAUUUGGAGUGCAGCUGCCCCUCGGUGUGAGCUUUCUGCCUCCUCUAUUCAGUGCCUCCAUCCCAGAGUUCCAAAUGGCUACAAGAUAUCUGGACAGGGACCCCCAUAUUUUUAUAAUGACACUGUGGUAUUUCGUUGUGACAUUGGCUUCACCCUGAAGGGCAGCAGGCAGAUCCGCUGUAACGCCAAUGCAACCUGGGAUCCUGAAGCACCAAUCUGUGAAAAGGCGUGCCAGCCCCUUCCUGAGAUCCCCCAUGGGCAGCACACAGGCAGCACUGUGGGACUUUUGGAACCUGGGACAUCUAUAACCUACAGUUGUGAUCUCGGCUAUUCACUAGUAGGAGAAGAGACCAUUCACUGUACUGCUGAAGGAGUCUGGAAGCCUCUUGUACCUCACUGUAAAGCAAUCCUGUGCCCUCCUCCUCCUGUGAUUGAAAAUGGGAAAUAUACAGGUAGUUCUGCAGAAGAUGUUCCAUAUGGAACCAAAGUAACUUAUGAAUGCAACGCUGACCCAGAAAGAGGAGUGAAAUUCAACCUCAUUGGAGAGAGCACCAUCCACUGUAAAAGUGACCAAGAAGGCAAGGGGAUUUGGAGUGCAGCUGCCCCUCGGUGUGAGCUUUCUGCCUCCUCUAUUCAGUGCCUCCAUCCCAGAGUUCCAAAUGGCUACAAGAUAUCUGAACAGGGACCCCCAUAUUUCUAUAAUGACACUGUGGUAUUUCAUUGUGACAUUGGCUUCACCCUGAAGGGCAGCAGGCAGAUCCGCUGUAGUGCCAGUGGAACAUGGGUUCCUGAAAUGCCGGUCUGUGAAAAGGAGUGUCUGCCACCUCCUCAGAUACUCCAUGGUCAGCACACAGGUUGGGAGAGAGGCCACUUUGCUCCUGGCAUGUCUGUAGAUUAUACCUGUGACCCUGGAUACGUGCUUCUAGGAAACAAAUCAAUUUACUGUAUGUCUUCAGGAGCUUGGAGUCUUUCUGCCCCAUGGUGUGAAGAAGCAUCAUGUGAAACUAUAGAAGAACAAUUACAGUUACCCUCAGAUGGCAGUCCUGUGGUUCCAGUUAAUUCCUCUUGCCAAGAGGGGUUCCAAUUAACUGGCCAUGUUUAUAAGCUCUGUUGGAAUCCUGAGGCGGGGAAUAGGUUUUGGUUCCAAAAGAUUCCACUUUGUAAAGAAGUGAACUGUAGUCUCCCAGAGUUCAUAAUUGGUGCCCAGAAUGUUUCAACUAAAAAAAUAUAUAAUUUUGGAGCUAUCUUUACUUUGAAGUGUGACAAAGGGUAUAUACUAGAAGGCAGUCCUCAGAGCCAGUGUCAGGAAGAUCAUGGAUGGGACCCUCCUUUGGCAGUCUGUAAAUCACGUUCCCAUGGUCCUCUUGUCCUCAGUGGCAUUGUUUUGGGUACAUUACUUCUUAUUCUAUUUGUUGGUGUCACGUUGGCAAUAAUAUCAAAACACAAAGAAGGCAAUUAUUAUACUAAUGAAAAUUGUAAAGAAGUAGCUAUCCAUUUAGAGACACGAGAAUCUUCUAAUAGUGAUGCUUACAGCUCUCCAACUUAACCAGAAGGAUUACAGUCACCACUGAAUGCUGUGAAACUGGAGAGCGAUCGUGGAAUGCAGCUUUAACCUGGAUUUGAAAGAAAUCCUGCUUAUGGAAGGUGUACCCACAGGACAUCAGACAAAGUCUUAGAAUUGAUUUUACAGAGAUGCAACUUUUAUCAGAACUUGAACUGUCAGGUGAAAUGAAGCAAGGCUGCCUUAUGAUGGUGGAAACUGAAUUCCAUUGCUGUUUUCCUCCCAGUAACUUUAAGAAGUAUCUUCAUGUCCGCCAUCUUGCCAGGAUGCAGCUGCAAACACUUGCAGACUUCUGAAGCUUACACAUUUUUCAUAUCAACCCUUAUUAGAAGUUUCCUUUAAAAAAAAUUGGGCUAGCUAAAUUCUGACUACUUUCUUUCAACCCAGUCAUUCUCUUUGCUUUUGUUAUCAGCAUACUGAUUGUUAUUUGCACACUGAACUUGAAACAUAGUUUUAAUUAUUUAAAGAAAGAUGGUGAAAACUUUUUUCUAGGUAUACUUGACUUUGUUCACUUAGUUUUUCAUUUUUUCUUUUAAAAAAAUUAAAAGCUGUUUAAAACAAUUUCUUUUUCAGUUAUAAAGAUAGGAUUUUGCUUUUUUCCUCAGGUUAAAGGUAGUUCAGUAUCUGCCUUGGGUUUCCCUAUGACCCUGUGAUUCAUGAAAGUGAUGUCAUGAAAUAAGUUAAUAAAAUUAUUACAGAAGAUGUCUUGACUGCCAAUGGGAGGAAUUUGAGAGGGAAAAUAUUGAAGCUUUUGAUGCUCCGUUAUUUGUAUUUAAAAGCUAUAGUUUCUUAUUUUUAAAAAAUGUUAAA